AUGGAAGGCUUCUCUCUCGAUCAUAAAAAGAACGUCCUUACCCAGAUUGCAUCAGUUCUUACUCGACUAGCAGCACUUCACUUUGAUGGGAUUGGCAAAGGGAAGCCAUUCAAGUCGACUCUCGACUACCUACUCGCGUUAAUCCCGGAGAUUGCCGUUGACUUCGCUGGAUACGAAGAGCUCGUUGAGACCAGACAACACCUGUUAGAAUACCAUUCUUCGAAGUCUGAUGCCCCGUGCUUCGGUCCUCUAAUUCGUCUUAUUCAUACUGAUUAUGAUGCCCAAAAUCUACUGUUAGUCAAUUCACGAGACAGCUCAGAUAAGCCGCCCGUACUAUCCGGGGUGAUAGAUUUCGAGUAUGCCUAUGCGGGCCCUCUCUACUAUCUAUACGAGUACCCGAUCUUCUUUCAAGAUGUCGAUUUUUCUCUCGGAUUAUACGAGCAAAAUGCGAUUCUACGGUCGCACUUCGUUCGGGCUUUACGACAGCCAUUCCCGAAAGGUUCACCAGACGCCAUUGCGAGAUGGAAUGAUGGAACAGGCCUGGCGUAUGAAGGAAGUCAGGACUAUGUACCCGACCCGGGACCAGAGAGCGACGAGAACUGA